AUGGCUAUUGCUUCUCAGUGCGGUAGAAGGGAGUCAUCAUCAUUUACUAUAUUUGCUUCAGUUACAAGCGCAGAUCUUUCGCUGGGUGAAUCAAUAGAAACUGCUCAGCUUCCCAAGGGUGAUACCUGGUCCAUUCAUAAAUUUGGUGGCACCUGUGUGGGAAGCUCCCAAAGAAUCCAAAAUGUUGCAGAGAUAAUUAUUAAGGAUGACUCAGAAAGAAAGCUGGUCGUUGUGUCUGCAAUGUCAAAGGUGACAGAUAUGAUCUAUGAUCUUAUCUAUAAAGCACAGUCACGAGAUGAUUCUUAUCUGGCCGCACUGGAUGCUGUUUUAGAAAAGCACAAGUUAACAGCACUUGAUCUGCUUGAUGGUGAUGAUCUUGCUAGCUACUUAUCUCGGCUCCAUCAUGACAUCAAUAACCUUAAAGCUAUGCUUCGUGCCAUAUACAUUG